CCCCCCAAAAAAAAAAAAAUCAAUUGCCUCCUAAUCUCCUUAUCCCCUCACCCUCUCCCUCUCUAUCUCUCAACUGAGAAGAAUUUUAUUUCAUUUCAGAUACUGAAUCAGAUAUCGUGGAAUUAGCUUAAUUACAAUCAUGAAUGGUUACCGGGAGCAGAAAACCAGGGAGAAAGUUGUGGACAAAGAGCAGGAAGGGUCAGCAGAAAAACAAUCCCCAGCUUCACCUCCUUCAGCUUCUUCCUCUCCUUCUCAUGAAUUCUCCUUCACAGUCGUCUCUCUCCAGUCUUCCUCCAACACUGUCCCAGGUAAAACCAAAACCCCACCUUCAGUGGCUAUCGAUUUGACUCCAGCAGAUGACAUUUUCUUUCACGGUCAUUUGCUCCCUCUCCAGCUCCUUUCUCACCUCCCGGUGUCUCCACGUUGCUCCACGAAUUCAUUGGAUGGAUGCAACGUUCCCGUAAGAGAGUUAUUGGAUGAACCGAAACCCAAUAAACCCAGCUGCACCACUUGUAGAAGCAAAAGCGAUAGCAAUAUCAGAAGCAGCAACAAGAACCAUGGCAAUGGAAAAGUUGGUAACUUCCAUCACACCCAUAACGUUGAAGCAAAAGCAAGGCCAAAGUCCAAGUCUUUCUCCUUAUCCGGUUUAACAAGGUGGCACCACCACAAAUGGCGUGGCGUUAGAGAAACAGAAGAAAAAGAGAAGCACAGGAUGAAGAUGAGAUUCGAUUUGAGACAUGUUUUGAAGAGGUACGUGAGGAUGGUUCGGCCAUUGUUGUUCUUCAGAGGAAGGAGAGAGAACCGCCAUCUUCGUGGGCAACCUCGCUCAUUUUCAGGCAAUUUAAGUUGGAGAAACAAAGAAAAAGAGUUGAGAGCAAGAAGAGGAGAUUUUUAUUCAGCGCCGGCUUCAAUGAGAACAUCGCCUACAAACAGUGGUCUUCUUGUUGCAACCACGGGUUACUCUUCUUCAACCAGUGACAGCACAAUGGAAGAGCUGCAGGCUGCAAUUCAAGCUGCGAUUGCUCAUUGCAAGAAUUCCAUUGAAGGGGAAAACAAAUUUAAAUGCUUGACCUAGUUUUGAAUUUGCUCUCCUUAUAUUUAUUCAACUUCUAUAAGCUGUUUUACCUUUUUGUUCUUUUUCUUUUUACUGCAUAGAUAUAAUUAAUAUUUCCCUGUGUAUAAAACGGUACAUACAUAAAGGAGUAUGAGAUUAGUUUGAA